AUGCUGCCCUCUGAAAAUUCAUCCAGCACCAAAAGCACCGGAAUAAGUAUAACUACCAAUCCCACUUCGGCCCACCGUCCAGCACAGAUUACCAUCUUCACGGACGGGUCGAAGAUAGACGAAAAGGUGGGAAGUGUCUAUGUGGUCAUGCUGCAAGAUACAGUCAUAGAUCAAUGGAAGGGUCAACUAAGGCAAUUCAAUAGCGUUUUUCAGGGAGAAGCAGUGGCAAUUGCGCAAGCAAUCCGCAACCUGCAAUCCCACCACUCCCGCAACGCUACAAUAAAGACAGACAGUCUUUCUUCACUAUACGCAAUAGGAAACACUGACCACCCAUCCAGUAUUAUUCAGGGAAUACAGGAAGAUCUGCGAAAAAAUUCCCAACUCCAUACAUUACUUGAAUGGAUCAAAACGCAUGCCGGCCAUCAUGGCAAUAAGUUGGCUGACCAUCUGGCCAAAGAAGCUACCACAGGACCAACAAAUUAA